AUUAGGUUUCGUUUUGCAGCGCUUAUUCGUUUUGUAAUAUGCCGUUCGGUGCUGCACCUGUAUGUAAGCAUUGCAGUGCGGAAGAAACACCAAUAUGGCGACGAGAAGGCAAUGAAUUCAUUUGCCAAACCUGCUUUGUAAAACAAGGAAUAAAUAAACGCGAAAAGACCGGGGAAACAAGCAACGGCAAUGGAAGCAAAAAAAGCAAUGGUAAAGGCAAGAACUCUCGGUCAAAAAUAGCUAGAAACAAAACUGUAUCCAAAGGAAAAGGGCGUAGGUCAAUUUUUAAGAACAAGUUUUUUUCCAAGCGACUUACACCCACACUUUCUGGUACAAGUGUGGUAACAGAUAGUGUGUUUUAUAAAGGACAAUAUUACCAAACAGGAGACAUUGUAUCUGUUAUAGAUGAAGACGACUGCCUUCCAUAUUAUGCCCAGUGCAAUGGUUUUCUAACGGACGAAUACUCUGAAAAAUACACUUCAUUUACUUGGCUUAUACCCUCCAAAAAACUGGACCAAGACAGAAGUUUUGACCCGAAAAACUUUUACUUUGGCCCUAGUGAUGAUACAUUGCAUUUAAUGGACGCAGUAGAGUUUGUAUGUCACGCACCUACUGAUUAUUUCAAGCCCUCCAAAAGUAUUUUUAACACUUAUCCGUCUAGGGUUGAUAAGAAUUAUAUUAGUGUCGAUUUUGCUCUUUCUGAUACUGAAACUGCCUAAGCUUAACAUUCCUUUUAUAAAUACACAUGCUUUGUGUUAACAGUAAUUGUUGCAGUGCAGUCAUUGCAGAGCACCAUUUAAUCUACUUGUCUUUUUCUGUCAAAAUAUUGUUAUCUUUUAAAAAAUAUCACAAUUUCAAAAAGCUUUACAAAUUUUGUAUAUUUUGCGUUGUAGCAAAUUGUGUUGUAAAUUUGACUACUUUGAUAGAUAAAUUCAUUAAAUCAGCAUCACUUUUCAG